GUUCCACUUUACCAACAUUUAGUUUUCUGACAAGCUCAAGUAGAACUGCGUCGUCGAUGAUCCGCCAAAUUACGCUAAUUUUUAUUACUGGCGUCCUCUUUCAUGAGGCGCUGGGAUUUGACAUGAUGGGUCUCAACUUCGGAAACCCGCUUUCUGGGUUGUUCAAAACCGUUGGUCGCCACCGCAGGGAGAUGAGACCCGACAAGGUGUGCACAAUGGAGGCAAUCCACAAAUCGUCCGACUGUUGCAAUUUUCCACCGGUGCUGAGCAAGAGUGAGCUGGGCAGAUGCAUCCGCAAUACCAGAAUCUCUGAUGAAUCCAAGAAAAAAGCAGGGAUGGGUUUUGCCUGCAUCCUCAGGUGCACCCUCAUUAAAACAGAUACACUUUUGGAAAAUGGUCUUGCCGAUUUGGACAAACUGAAGCAGUUGUUUUUGGAGUACGCCAAUGGUACUUGGGCGUCUUGGAGCGACAUUGUGCCCACGGUUUUCAACAAGUGCACUUCCGAGCUCAAAAAUGCAAACAUUUCCACAGAAGGGGAAUGCCAACUUUCGAAUUUGCACUUUGCCUUCUGUCUGUACCGAGAAGCGAGCGCCCAAUGUCCUGGCGAUUGCCGUGAAAACAAAGCCGAGUGUGAGAUGUAUCGAAAGGACAUUGACUCCUGCAACCCGUGGGCGUCGUUGGAGGAAGCUGAGAAGCGCAAGAAGGAAGGUUUCAAAAACCUGGUCAACUUCAUGGGACCGAAGAACGGCAAGAGCAGGAGAUCCUCAACCUCCACCACCACUACCACAACAACUGAGGCCUCUACAGAGGAAUCCUCCAACAUCAAAUACGUUUACUAAAAGUUUCAAUUUGCUUUUAAAACUUUUCAAAUAAAAUUUUGGCAUUAAAAAUGAC